AUGGCUUUCCUUCUCCCAGUUCUCGUGGCUACAUUGGCUGUCGCCUCCCCCUUGAACCAGUUCAUCACCAAGCAAGCUCUUCCCUCUGUCCCCAACGGAUGGCAGCUCAAGGCCUCUGCGCCAGCGGACGAGAAAUUGAAUCUCCACAUCCGCCUCAGAGAGGAGAAUAUAGACCAGCUGCAGAAGCGCACUCUGGAGAUCAGCGACCCUGACCAUGCCGACUACGGCAAGCACCUUACCAAGGAAGAGGUCGAUACUCUGACUGCUCCUACCAAGGACACUGUUGACUCAGUCACCGAGUGGCUGUCUUCUCACGGCAUUGACGCCGGUCAGGUCAACAGCGGCUUCCUUACCAUCUCCGUCAGCGUUGACGAGGCCAAAAAGCUACUCGAUGCUGACUAUGGUGUCUACACUCAUGCUGCCACUGGUCGCGAGACUAUUCGUGCCACCAGCUACAGUCUGCCUCAAUCUGUUCAUGGUGCCAUUGAUAUGGUCCAACCUACCACUCUCUUUUCCGACCUUGGAUUGACCAAGAACAUGAUCCCCAUUCAGGAGGUUCCUGCGUCUUCCAACCAGGCUCGCACUGGCGAUGUUUGCGCCAAGGAAGGCUCAUCGACCAAAUGUCUUCGCCAGAACUACAACGUUCAUGGCUACAAUGCCUCUACGGGCAAGACCACAUUUGGCAUCACUGGCUUCUUGGGAGAAGUUCCGGAUCCCACCAGCCUCAGCAACUAUCUGAAAAAGUACGAUAGCGAUAUUCCCUCCAACACCUCUUUCACCGUCGUACCCAUUAACAAUGGCCCCACCAAACCUGGUGGUGUCGGCGAAGCGGAUCUCGACGUUCAAAUCUCGGUUGCGUUGGUCCACCCCAUUGAGACCGUCUUCUACUCUACUCCCGGUAGCCCCCCAACCACUGGACCUGGUGGUGAGCAAAACGAGCCGUACCUCGACUGGCUCAAGUACACUUUGGCUCUGGAGCACCCUUCCCAGACUUACUCCAUUUCUUAUGGUGACGAUGAGCCCACUGUUCCCGCAGACUAUGCCGACGCGGUCUGUGCCCAAUUCUUGAAGCUAGGCGCUCGUGGUGUCAGCGUUCUCACUGCUUCCGGUGACUCGGGCGCUGGAGGCAGCAGCGCUUGCCAGGAUGGCAAGGUCACUUACAAGCCCUCCUUCCCCGCCAGUUGCCCUUGGGUCACCACUGUCGGUGGGACUACCGGAUAUGGCUCCAACGAGCAGGGCUUCCCCGAUGGUGGCGGUGGUUUCUCUAACCACUUUGGCACUCCCGACUACCAAGCUGAUGCUGUCAAAGCUUACGUUGCAACACUCGAUAGCUCGACUAAAGCCGCCUUUAACGCGUCUGGACGUGCCUACCCUGACAUUGCGGCCCUCUAUACCAACUUUCCCGUCUUUAGUGGUAGCCGUGAGGGCAGAAGCGGCGGCACCAGCGCCUCUACCCCGACCACCGCUUCCAUCAUUGCUCUCCUCAACGACUUUCUUGUUUCCAAGGGUAAGAGCCCUCUCGGUUUCCUCAACCCGUGGCUCUACAAGAAGGGCAAAGACGGCCUGCGUGACAUUACCAAAGGUCAGAACAACGUCUGCUACACGCAAAAGGCUUUCCCUGCUGCCAAGGGCUGGGAUGCUUCUACUGGUCUGGGUGUGCCUGACUUUGGCAAGCUCAAGGCGCUCCUGUAG